GGUCCGGGUGGGAGCUGUCCUGCGUCCCCGGUCUUCCUCACUUUCCUUUCCGGAGAGGCGGGCGCCUGGCGCGGGCGAUUCUAUGUCUCUGCGCGCGCUCAUCACGGGAUUCACGCCGCGCUCCAUGGCGAAUGCAGCGGGGCGGAGGAGCUGGGCGGCCCUCCGGCUCUGCGCUGCCGUUAUUUUACUUGAUCUGGCUGUCUGUAAAGGAUUUGUAGAAGAUCUAAAUGAAUCAUUUAAAGAUAAUCGAAAAGAUGACAUUUGGCUUGUUGAUUUUUAUGCACCCUGGUGUGGCCAUUGUAAAAAACUGGAACCAAUUUGGAAUGAAGUUGGGCUUGAAAUGAAAAGUAUUGGUUCUCCAGUUAAAGUUGGAAAGAUGGAUGCUACUUCGUAUUCUAGCAUUGCUUCAGAGUUUGGAGUUCGAGGUUAUCCAACAAUUAAGCUAUUAAAGGGAGACUUGGCAUAUAAUUACAGAGGACCACGGACCAAAGAUGAUAUAAUUGAGUUUGCUCACAGAGUGUCUGGGGCUCUAAUUCGGCCUCUUCCAAGUCAACAAAUGUUCGACCAUGUACGGAAGAGGCACCGUGUAUUUUUUGUUUAUAUUGGUGGAGAAUCACCCUUGAAAGAGAAAUACAUAGAUGCUGCUUCAGAGUUAAUUGUAUAUACGUACUUCUUUUCUGCCUCAGAAGAUGUGGUUCCUGAGUACGUGACACUGAAGGAGAUGCCUGCUGUGCUUGUUUUCAAAGAUGACACUUACUUUGUUUACGAUGAGUAUGAAGAUGGAGAUCUGUCCUCAUGGAUCAGCAGGGAGAGGUUUCAGAACUAUCUUACUAUGGAUGGUUUCCUUUUGUAUGAACUUGGAGACACAGGAAAGCUUGUGGCCAUUGCAGUUAUUGAUGAGAAAAACACAUCACUCGAGCAUACCAGAUUAAAGUCAAUUAUUCAGGAAGUUGCUAGAGAUUUCAGAGACCACUUCCAUAGAGAUUUUCAGUUUGGCCAUAUGGAUGGAAAUGACUAUAUAAACACCUUGCUGAUGGACGAGUUGACGGUCCCAACCAUAGUUGUACUGAAUACUUCAAACCAACAGUACUUUUUGCUAGAUAGACAUAUUAAGGAUGCCAGCGACAUGGUCCAGUUCAUUAACAGCAUUUUGGAUGGUACAGUACCAGCCCAAGGAGGUGAUAGCAUUUUUCAGAGAUUGAAAAGAAUAGUAUUUGAUGCCAAAUCUACAAUUGUGUCUAUAUUCAAGAGCUCUCCACUUAUGGGCUGCUUUCUUUUCGGGCUGCCACUGGGUGUCAUCAGUAUCAUGUGCUAUGGAAUCUAUACAGCUGACACAGAUGGAGGCUAUAUAGAAGAACGAUAUGAAGUGUCCAAAAGUGAAAUGGAAAACCAGGAACAGAUAGAAGAGAGCAAAGAGCAGGAAUCCAGCAGUGGAGGGUCUCUAGUGCCUACUGUGCAAGAGUCCAAAGAUGUAUUAGAAAAGAAGAAAGAUUGAGACUUCACAGAUAAAAAAUAUUUGAUAGAAUUUCAAGUUAUUAAAGAGUAUUUAUUGAACUUAGAGAUUUAAUCAUGAUCUAUUUACAGAAGAGAACAUAUUCUUUGUAUUUUGCUAAUAACAACUGCAUGAAUUAAAAUAAUCUUUCCAUAAGUAGGAAGCUGUUUGGAACAAAGUGAUGAACAGUUUGUUCAAAACAAAGCCAGAUCAUUGUAUCACUUACCUUACAGAUCCGUUCUGUGCACACUUCUCUAUGUGCAUGUUCUAUGACAAAGUUAAGAAGCUCGGACAGAAUAUUAAAUUGCCCGUUAAUGUGGAAGAUGUGUUUUUUGCAAAGAGAAAUAGUACUUUCACCUACUAUAUUAAUUCUCCUAUAUUUUGGAUAAAAUUUAUAUAAACAAAUAAAGUCUUUAAAAUUUAGACAUUUUAAGAACUGUUAACUUUUUCCGUGUAUCAAAUUUAAGGUUCUGAGUUUGAAACUAGUAAUUUUAUAUAUAGCAUAGUGAUUUUAUUUUACUAGUUGUUUUUAAAGGAGAAAUGUUACUUUUUUACUUAUACUCUGUUGCAUUAUUAUGAUAUUGGCAUAUGGUCCCAUGAAGUGGGGGAAGAAUCUUGUAAUUGACCUUUUAAAAUGACCGCUGGUAUGCGGGGAGUGAUGGCUUCAGCUUUUACCUAUGCUGUUUAGAAGAGUGCACUGUCCACCACUGGAGGAAGGAGUGGCCCUCCUAAUAUAUCUUGAUUUUAGCCAAAGCAGCCUAGUAUUUUGUUUUGUUUUUAUUUUAUAGCUUCUAGUAUUUCUAUUAAUUCAGAAUGUUUUCGGAAGUAAUAGAAAUCAUGUUUUUAUGAUAUGUAAACUAAUAAUUAAAAUUUACUGCCACACCUCUAUUGUGGAAGGCCAUAACAUGUUCACAGUACAAUCAACAUGUUCAACUCAGAUGUCACAAACAAAGGGAGAGAUCCUAAUUCCCUUCUCUAGACCCAGCCUUGCCUCUUUGACAGUCACAACCUCUGUCUUUCAUCAGAAUGCAGUCAUGCCUCACAGUGGGUGUUUGUGAUAAUAUGUUUACUACAGAUCAGUUUGUUAAUUUUGAAGCUUUCACGUUAUCUAAUCUCAGAAUUUUUAUUAGCUAAUGUUUAGGUCCUAUUCUUUGAGUAUUCUAGAGUUUGUUGAAAGGAUCCGCUGAACAUUUACAAACAUGGUUUGUAGCACUAACUCUGAAGUUACUUGGGGCUUCUGCUUUGGUUGCCAAGGGAGCUUCUGGUUUCUGAUGCAAUACUAAUCAACAUUGCAUCAUAUUAAUGAAUUAAAACAUGUAUAUCUAUAGAGCAAGAGAAUUGCUAAUCAUAGUCUGUGUCCAAAUAUUCUUUUUAUAUUUAAAAGCAACCAUUUUUAAUAUUUAAUCACCCAUCAUUAACUUUAUGGAUAAUGGUGUACGUAUGUAGUCAUGGGGAAUGUUCAGAAAAUAAAAGAAUAUUUUCAGGUGGAAACUGGAGAUAAGCACUGUUAAAAUUACUGUAACAAACUCCUCCAUAGAAUAAAGAUGACUCUUUGGGAAAGUUCAUGGUAAUGGUCCCAAUGGUCAAGCCUUUUUGCAGGAGAAAAGCCUGAAGUCCAUAUGGAUGCCUCAUUAAUGAUAAUAUGUGGUGAAGAGAGAGACAUAAAGAAAUAGGAAGUACCACUAUUACAUUUAUUACUGUUUAUCACUACCAAAUGUUAAAUGUAUUUUGUCUUGUCAAUCAUCCUUGUAAAUAAGUUCUCAGUAGGAAAAAAGAGUAAAGCACAGCUUUGCAUUAAUAAACAUAUGCACAGAGGUAAUUCAUUGUAUCCUGUAAUAGUUUUCUUUUUGAAUGAGUGCUUUGGUUCUCUGUUGUGAAACAACUUUAUAUUGAUCCUCAUAUUCUAUUUGUACUUUUAAAAUGUGCAUCAGGGGAAAGAACGUGUAAGUGGUUUGUAAGUAAAUAGUUUUAUUUCUUUUUGAAUUAAACUUUUAAUUUUUACAUGUUUCUUCUUGAGGAUAUUAUUUGCAUUAUUAGAUUGCUCACAUAAAAAAAAACUUAAAAUUUGUUCACUCAUGUACUUUUCUUUUCAGUGUGUUAUCAGAGUACCGUUUGCUUAUCAGGAGAACAUACUUUAGAAUCAAGGCAGCUCUAUUCAUAAUCUAGGAAAAGGUCGAUCCUCUAAUUCCCUUGGUUAAAUACCAGAAAUAGAAUCCUUUCAGGAAAUUGGGAUUCUACCUUUCCUUUCAUGUGUCAAGUUCUGAUUUCUGAAAUUCAAAAUUAUAGCUCAUUGGUGCUCUACCAACAUUUAAGAGUAUUUCAGAGAAUGUGCAUUUAAACAUGCCCAACAUCCUCAGCACCUCUGUCCCGAAAUCUCUCUUUGUUGUGUUUAUCAAUAUUUUUGUAGUUUCUUUUGUUUGAAAUGUCUUUGAAAUUAAUUAGAUCUAGAGGUUUUUACUCAAAGGACUUCUGAAACCUGGUUUAGAAAUAAUGUAAAAGAUGCCAAAUGAGUAAAGGUGAUGGAAAGGUCUCUUGAAGAGCUGAAGCAGUCAUGAAUGUUGUUUCUGUUUACUCAGUUUUAUUGCCCAUGAUGUUUCUAAUGUUGACUUGGUAGGUAGCUCUAAAUUUUAAGAAAAGAAUAAUUCCAGCAUUGGUAUCACAGAGGCAGGCAGAUCUCUGUGAGUUCGAGGCCAGCCUGAAAUGCAGAGUGAGUUCCAGGACAGCCAGGGCUACAGAGAAACCCUUUCUUGGGGAAAAAAAUAUAUACAUUUUUCAUCAGUCUUUCAUGAUGAAAUGAACAGAGGGGAAAAAAAAUCACUCAGCUAUUCUUACGUAGAAAUUGUUAAACAAGUGUAAGAUAUUAACACUUAAACGACUGAGUUUGCAAUUUUAUUUUUACAAAUAUAUAUUUUUUCUGAAUGUAUAAGUCCCAAGAAUGAGGAGAAUAAUAAUAAUGACGAUAAUAAAUUUUCUAGUUUGGACUAAGUUAUAAUGGUUUUUGAAAGUUUUUAUUACUACUAACUUGUUUAAUUGUGAUACUCUGCCUUAUACACCAAUUGGAAACCUUUGUUUUUCUAAAAUAAAAUAAUUAAAAACAUCAUUGCAUAAUUGCUACCUUUAAUAUGUUUUUCAGAAGUUUGCCACAUGACCAAUCUCUAAACAAACUCAGAAGCUACAACUAUUAUUCCACACAGUACUUUCCUUUUAUUAAGGCAUAGUUUAUUUAUAAUUACAGAAACACAAUUUUAGAUUUUAAGCAGGCUUGGAAGUGAAUUGUAGCUUAGUUCCUUAUACCCAAAACAUCUCUUGGUCUAGUUUUAAUUGUAUAAAACCUAAUAUGUUUUUUAAACAUUUCUUUUUAAAAGGAUACCUCAACUUUUCUACAAAAUUUAAAGUGUGGUGGAUUUGAAUUUUGUAUUAAUAAAUUAUGAUCCUGGACACC